AUGUCUCAGAUAAUUACCCAAAAGCCAUCGAAAGUUAUACUUCGCCUGAACUCUCCUGAUGGAGAUUCGAUACGAGAAGUUUUAGACACCCCUCCACGACCUUGUAUAUUUGGAGAGAUACCAUGUAUUGAUCUGACAGGGCUGGGCGCCACCGAUACUGGAGCGAUUCAACGCAUUGCACGUGAGAUCAAAACAGCUGCUGUGACGUCGGGAGUGUUCUACAUCAAGAAUCAUGGCAUAUCACGGGAGAUUAUUGAAGAAGCGCGAUUGAAGUCUCUUGAAUUUUUUCGCCAACCAAUGGACGAGAAGUGGAAGGUUGAACGAAGCAACUUCAAUCACCACAACGGUUGGACUGCACCUGGUAACGCACGUGCAAAUGCCAGUGAAGGGCCGGAUGUUAAGGAACAAUUUCGAUGGCAUUAUUCGGUGAAUGAUGACCCGAUGUACGACCAUCUCCCAAAGCCCAUUGCUCUCGGCGCUCUCCCUGCGGAAAUUCAACCCUAUAUUUGGGCUGAUGAAAGGCUCUGGAGCAAGACCGCUGCCUUGCCAAACUUCAAUGAUGCAGUCAAGAGAUACUGGAGAGCAACAAUAAACCUUGCUCGAGAUUUGACCAAAGCAAUCGCUGUUGCACUUGAGAUGCCAGCGGAUGGAAUGGAUGACCUGAUAACAUACCCAUCUGGCGAUAUGGCGCUGAACUUCUACCCUGGAAUUGAACAUCCAACCAAAACCAAUAUGGAGACGUCCGGGUUGUACCAAGGAGGCCUGGGCAGCCAUACCGACCUGCAGUGCUUCACUAUUCUGUUUCAGGAUCAUAUAGGCGGCUUGCAGGUGCUGAACAAAGAUGGACAAUGGAUUGAAGCGCCUCCUAUUGCUGAUACCCUUAUCGUGAAUAUUGGAGAUUUCCUUUCCCGCCUCACCAACGAUAAAUGGGAGAGUACAGUUCACCGAGUGGAAGUGAAUCGAACUAACGCGGACCGUAUUUCGAUGCCCCUUUUCUUUGGCUUCAAUUUCAACAAACAAUGUGCUGUCCUCCCGACCUGCACAGAUGAAAACAGUCCACCCAAGUAUGCUCCACUGUCAUGUGGCGAGGCUGUAGAACCUCGAAAUUAA